AUGCCGAAUACACGUAAAAACAUUGAAUGUGAGGUGUUUGGAGCACCAACAGAACUUAAGUACAAUAUUCUUUCGACUUACGGUGAUGUAAUGGGAGCGUAUUUGUGGUACAGACAAAUAGUUAAAGACGAUAAUAAUGGCAAAGACCCGAGUGUAAGUGAAGUCUCUAAAAAAGUUAUAUCUGCAUUGAAAAACAUUUGGGAAAAUGCUUCUUUACAAAUGGUAGAAGAAAAUUUGUCUCUGUCUGAAAGUUCGUCAACAAGCGAGAUUCGAGGAGUGAAUUUCAGAAAUUUGGCAGAGGCUUGCGAUCGAACUGGAGUUUUCGAUAGAUGUGCUUCCUUUUUGGCGAAUGCCGUCUUGCAAGAUCUCGGCUCGGCGUUGUCAGUAGGAACGACCCUUCAAAACUUUUAA